CCGUGGUCUUCUAGAGCUUCCUGGCCUUUUGUUUAGUUUCCCUGUACCUAACAUCCCAUCACAACUCGCUCAAUCACAUUCAUCAUGAGCGUCACCAAAUUGGCAGAGUUCGGCGCGAAGCACGUGGCCCGUGGAAUUGGCCGUCUCUCAAACCAUGUCCUUGAGAGUGGUGCUGGCAGCUACGUGACGACAACUGAGGGUCGCAAGAUGCUGGACUUCACCAGUGGUAUCGGUGUCACAAACUUGGGUCAUUGUCAUCCCACAGUCACAAAGGCGGCACAAGAGCAAGUCGGCAAGCUCGUCCACGGUCAAGUAAACAUCGCUUUCCAAAAACCAUACCUGGAGCUCGUCGAGUCAUUGCUUCCGAUGAUGCCUCACAAAUCUCUCGACACUUUCUUCUUCUGGAACUCGGGAUCAGAGGCCGUUGAAGCAGCUGUCAAGCUUGCCAGACACGCAACCAAGAAGCAGAACAUUAUUGUUAUGCAAGGAUCUUACCACGGACGCACAUUCGGAACUAUGGCCAUGACACGAUCAAAGACAAUCUACGGAGAAAAUUACGCUCCUUUGAUGCCCGGUGUUUUCUCAGUACCUUUCCCUUACUGCAAGCAAUGCUCAAUCGCCCUCAAUGCCGAUGGAAAGUUUGGAUUCGACAAGUGCUGUAUGGACCCCGUUCUCCAGCUCGAGUUGCUCUUGAAGCGUGAGACUGCUCCCUCAGACACAGCAGCCAUCUUUGUCGAGCCUGUUCUCGGUGAAGGCGGUUACGUUCCUCCACCUGCUGGAUACCUUGCUGCUCUCCGCAAAAUCUGUGACAAGCACAACAUUCUUCUUGUCGCUGACGAGGUUCAAUGUGGAUUCGGCAGAACCGGAAAGAUGUUCGCAGUCGAGCACUGGGACGUCAGACCUGACAUUCUUAUCAUGGCCAAGGGUAUUGCCAACGGUUUCCCUCUUUCUGGUAUCGUCUCGCGCAAGGAGUUGAUGGACAAGCAACAACCCGGAAGCAUGGGUGGCACAUACGCCGGUAACGCUGUAUCCUGUGCCGCAGGUGUUGCAGUAGCCAAGGCCUUCAAGGAGGAGAAGAUCCUGGACAACGUCAAUGCUCGCGGAGGAGAACUCAAGGGAGCUCUUCAAGCAGCCAAGGAGGACCCCAAGACCGGAAAGCUCAUCUACGACGUUCGUGGUCUUGGUCUGAUGUUGGCUCUCGAGUGCACACCCGGCAAGGGCUACGCAUCCAAGAUCCAGGCCAAGUGCAUGGAGAAGGACAUGCUGGUCUUGACAACAUCCAUCUACGACACACUCCGCUUCAUCCCUCCAUUGAACAUCACCAAGGAAGACAUGGCCAAGGGUAUCCAGAUAAUCACAGACGCAAUCAAGGAGGUCGCUGCUGGUGAGGACCCGCAGGAGACAGCAACCAAGGGUCAGGCUCCUGAGUAGAUGUAUGAUGAGGAUACUUUGUACGACAGACGAUAAAAUUUAAUGACAUUUUCCAACUUCUUUUCACUGUCACCCUACGGUAUGAAUGGACAAUCUC